AAUUUACCUGUAGUUUGGCAUUUUGAGAAUUAAGAAGCAACGACCCUGUAUCUCGACGGAUAAAAGCCCCCGAAUAGGAGAACCCCAAUUAUGGCCACGCCACCGGUUGCGCCACCGCAGGCGGCGGCAGCAGGGAAUUUCGAAGCGCCACCACCUCUGCCGAUGCAGCCUCCUGGAACAGACAUGACAGGUAUAUGUUUCAGAGACCAAUUGUGGCUAAACACGUAUCCUCUUGAUCGAAACUUGAUUUUCGAUUACUUUGCUCUGUCUCCGUUCUAUGACUGGACUUGCAACAACGAGCAGCUGAGGAUGCACUCCAUUCACCCUCUGGACAUCUCUCAACUUUCGAAAAUGACCGGCGUGGAGUACAUGCUUAGUGAAGUUAUGGAGCCAAACCUCUUUGUUAUCCGUAAGCAAAAGAGGGACGGUCCAGAGAAAGUCACGCCAAUGCUGGCAUAUUAUAUUUUGGAUGGUUCCAUUUACCAAGCACCACAGCUUUGCAAUGUCUUUGCAGCUCGAGUUGGACGUGCUCUCUACUAUAUAUCAAAAGCUUUUACUACUGCUGCAUCAAAAUUGGAGAAGAUCGGUUAUGUUGAUACUGAAAAUGAGAGUGAAACUUUUGAAUCAAAGGGUGGUAAAGAGACUAUUGACUUUAAGGAAGUUAAGCGCGUGGAUCAUAUUCUCGCCUCCUUACAGCGAAAGUUACCACCAGCUCCUCCACCACCCCCAUUUCCUGAAGGCUUUAUUCCCCUUGCAACAGCAGAAGCAGAGAAAGACCCAGAAAAUCAGCAAGCCGUAGAAACUCAACCUCCUGCCAUUGAUCCCAUUAUUGAUCAAGGUCCCGCUAAGAGAAUGAAAUUUUGAAGUAGAGAAGCCAACGCCUUGUUUUUCCCGUUUUAGUACAGCAUUAGAACUUUUUUAGACUUGUAUUAGCAGCUAGCUGAGGAAAGGGAAUUUCUAAGGUCAUGAGAAGGCUGUUGAAUUGUUAGCUAAUCUCAUCCUUGGUAACUAAUUUAACCGCAUCUGGUCUCAAGCAAUGUCAAACUCAAUCAUCCAGGCCUUAAGCUGCAUUCCAGUGUGAUUAUGUAACACAAUGAGAUUCAUUUUCCCAAGACGUGGUUUAUUCUCCAUGUUCCUUAUCCUUUUUAAACGUCGAGAUAUGGGUUUAGACGA